AUGGCGGAAGCUGGUUUGGCCCACGCGCAGACCCUCGAAACGACGACUCGUAUUGCUUCAAUUCAAAGAUCAUUGCCCGAGACUAUUAACAUAAGCAGGGGUUCAGGAAGACAUUGCUCCAUCACAGAGCUGCAAGCAACCUGCAGCGACCAGCGGGCGGCGUUCAAGUCUACCCAGUCAGUAACCUCAGCCAUGAACGGAAUUGUCGGGACAGCCCCGCCGGGCACGAUGUACGUUCGAGCACUGUAUGACUAUGAAGCAGACGACAGGACGAGCCUCAGCUUCCACGAAGGUGACAUCAUUCAAGUAAUCACGCAGCUGGAGAGCGGUUGGUGGGAUGGGGUCAUCAACGGUGUUCGAGGAUGGUUCCCAAGCAACUACUGCCAGAUCAUCACUGGCCCAGAGGACAACCCAGAAUCGGAUCCGAACGAACAAGUGGGCCGGAUCGAAGACGAACCGCAAGAUCAAGAAAGUUACGAAGAACACUUCGACGAGGAUGCUGGUUCAGAUGAGGAUAGUCCAAACGCCCUGCCCAUGGAAGGCACACAAUCUGCCGAUACAAAAUCUAGGGCUGAUUUCUGGAUACCGCAAGCCACACCAGACGGUCGUCUUUUUUACUACAAUAUGAUGACUGGAGAUCGGAGCCUGGAACUGCCGUUGGAGUCACCGGUUUCGGCGAGCGAAGCAGGGCCUCGUGAUAGGAUAAACAUUCCCAUACCCGACAGAACUCGGCUACCUCCUGAAAUGCUUGCUCGCGGGUUAACGCAGGAUGAGGAUGACGAUUCCGACACAAACUCGGCUUCAGAAAUCGAAGGCGAGUCUCUCAUGCUUGCGUCUCGCAGCUCUUUGCCUCGAAAACGCCGCUCGUUCAACGAGAACGGCCUCUCACACUCCACGUCAAUGGAUUCGAUAAACGACACCUCGCCAGCUACUCGCAACAAGUCUGACCCAUUCGUAGCCGCCAAUCUCAGCAUGAACGCAACGCCCAUUAUAGCAUCGUCAACGUCGUUCACCAGCACAUCUUACAAUGCUCCAUCCACAAGCACAGUCCCACGGUCUUUCUUUGAUGAUGGGUUGACACCGCCACUCACCUGGACUCGCUUAGUAUCAGACAUGCGACGUGCCAUUGACCGUUACCGCGACGCCGUUACAAGAGGAACUCGGUCCGCGUACGUCGCUCGCGCAGAAGAUAUCUCGGACCACCUCAGACUCCUGCUGGCAGCCGGUUCUGGUACAACAGACAACCACUCCGGACAGCCAUCCAUCAUCUCGACGAACAAGGCCCUAUAUCCUCAUUUUCGGGACAUGAUGUCAAAGUUCUCCAAACUCGUCAUCUCUUCCCAUAUCGCUGCCGCCGACUGGCCAAAUCCCGAAUCUGUGCAGAAAUGCCUCCAGGAAGCUGACGGAGUGUUGCUGGGCGUCUUUAGCUAUGUCGAGAUUGCUCGGCAGCAACGGGGAGAGGAAAUCCCGCGCCUGUUUCCUGGCUUUGUCAUCGGAAGCUCAACUGGGGGUAGCUGGCAGAAUAACGGCCUGGGGCGCCGAGAUCCUAUCACAGCAAACUUCCUCGAAGACGAAGAGGGUGUCGUUGAGCCAACGACGCCUAUCGACGGUAAAUUGCUAGAAAGACUGGAUGAGUACAAACGCAUGUUGGUAUUCAGCAUCCGGGAAUUGGAGAAGCACUUAGUCAUCUCAGACAAGGUGGUGACGGCGUUCCGACAUGAGUUGAUCGGCAACAAUGUCUGCUCAGCUGGGGGCAAGGUUUUGGAAACUUUCAAGCCCUGGAUCGCCCUCGUCGAGUCCAUUGAUUUGUCCUUGAAUAACAGCCUUGAGAUGCCUCAAGUGUCCGAUUUCAACAUGAACAAGCAAUGUCUUUACGAUACUGUAUCGGAUCUCCUGCUUGGAUGCCAAGCCGUAGCCGGCCCCGUGGCCGACGAAUGGGCUGAAAUACAUGGCGAAGCCUUGGAGAAUCGACUCCAAUAUGCUCAACAGUGCGCAAAGGCUUUAGAGACCAAUGCUUCACACAUGGGGUUCUCACUCCAGCUGCUCUCAGAACAAGUCCUGACUAGCCCCCAACAGCAGUCCACGCAGCAUGAGCAACAGGUCGACCCGCAACCACGAGACGAUUUUGUGCCUCGCGAGCAGCUUCGGAGGGGCGAGACAAUGCCUUACGAACGAACGCAUCAGCGGACGGACUCCCGUCCAGCUCCGGUCCGACCGCCCCUCAUGACGUCCCAGUCCUUUAGUGAGGGGGAUUCUGCGGCUGGGAACUUCCGAAAGGGCGACUAUUCCAAGGUCAGAAGGGUUCUUGGAGAUGUACCGAACCCUGUGGAGGAUACACCAGAAUUCCUCAUGCUCGAUCAGGAGCAUGAUCUAUCUUGGGAUACCAAGACGCCAACUCCAACUGUGAAGGGAGGGACACUUUUGGCACUCGUCGAACAGCUUACAAGACACGAUAAACUGGAUUCCAACUUCAACAAUACCUUCCUACUUACGUACCGCUCCUUCACGACAGCGAGGGAACUUUUCGAGCUCUUGGUGAGCAGAUUUAGCGUUCAGCCGCCUGAGGGGCUGUCCCCGGCCGACUUUGAGCUAUGGAGAGACAAGAAGCAAAAGUUCAUCCGCGUGCGUGUCGUCAAUAUUCUUAAGAGCUGGUUUGAUAAUUUCUGGAUGGAAGAUUACAACGAAGAAUCGAAACGGCUCAUUCGAGAUGUCUACGCGUUCGCUCGCGAUAAUGUCAAAUCAACAGAGACCCCUGGAGCUGCCCUUCUCAUGACAAUAUUAGACCAGCGCCUCAGCGGCAAGGAGGCUGGAGCUCGGCGCAUGAUCCAGACCGUCAAUCAAAGCACGCCGGCGCCUAUCAUGCCGAAGAAUAUGAAGAAGUUAAAGUUCCUGGACAUCGACGUCACAGAAUUCGCUCGCCAGCUCACGAUCAUCGAGUCGAGACUCUACAGCAAGAUUAAGCCCACCGAGUGCCUCAACAAGACGUGGCAGAAGAAGGUUGCAGAGGGCGAGACUGAACCGGCCCCCAACGUCAAGCUUCUCAUUCUUCAUUCGAACCAAAUGACGAACUGGGUUGCGGAAAUGAUUCUAUCCCAGAUGGACGUUCGGAAACGUGUUGUCGUCAUCAAGCACUUUGUGGCAGUUGCCGAUAAAUGUCGAAGUCUUAACAAUUUCUCGACUCUGACAUCCAUUAUCUCGGCCUUGGGAACGGCACCCAUUGCUCGACUAAAGCGUACAUGGGACCAAGUCCCUCAGCGAACUCAAAGUGUACUGGAGAGCAUGCGGCGUCUUAUGGCCAGCACGAAGAAUUUCGGCGAGUACCGCGAAGCGCUCCAUGCAGCCAAUCCGCCCUGUAUACCUUUUUUCGGUGUCUAUUUGACUGAUCUUACCUUCAUUGAGGACGGCAUCCCGUCCGUCAUCAAGAGGACUAACCUUAUAAACUUCGCCAAACGUUCGAAGACCGCCGAAGUCAUCCGUGACAUUCAGCAGUAUCAGGCUGUCGGAUACUCCUUGCAGCCAGUCCCGGAACUUCAGGACUACAUCUUGAUUAACAUGCAAGGCGCCAGUGAUGUGCACGAGAUGUACGACCGGAGCCUGCAGGUUGAACCCCGUGAACGAGAAGAUGAGAAGAUCGUAAGGUACGUAACGUUGGGUCAUCACGGCUCUUUUCGCAUUGAGGACCUCGCACUUGUAUUGGCAUCCAGUGCAGCUGGACACCCUAUUCGUACUUCCCCCUUCCCCCUUCCCAAUUCCCCCUCCCCCCAACAACAAGAAACCAAAGAUCCUCGACUGCUUUUUUUCGCAGUUUGA